AAAACAAAUUGUUGUAAUGAAUAAUUCGCCUUAAAUGAAUGGAACAACAAAUUUGUUUAUGUUGUCUUCCCUUAAAGUACCUUUUUAUAAUAUUUCAAAUAAUUUAAGAGCAAUUUAAGAGUGAAACCAGUAAAAAAAUUAAAAGAAAAUGAAGGAAGGAGGUUAGAAUGGAGUGCAGCUUUAAGAAUUAAGUUAGCCUCAACAUCUAAGAUUCCCAAAGCACAUCACGGGAAGUAGUGCAAGAAUUCGACUCUUGUCAUUUGCAGUUCCGGAACACUUUCGGUUUAAACCAGUAAAAUAUAGUCAUUAUAAGUUUCUUGGUUUAAAAAAUAUCGCAAUACUACAAUUAAUACUUAUUUCACUCUUAUUUGUUUUACAAUAAAAACGACGACACAAAAUAAAAUGUUAAACAAACACCUCGUUUCUGAUUGGUUGAAACAAAUUUGCCGCAACCUUUAAAUGUCAUGGCGAAUCUAUGUUUUUCGCCUUAGAUGCCAAUUUUGACAUUUGAGGGUACCACAAAAGUUGCUUUGUUGUAGCAAUUCGCCGAUGCGGUUACCUGUUAUAUCUACCUUGGUUCAGCAUAAGCAUUUUGACAAAUUGGAGGGAGGAAUGCUUAUUUACUAGUGUUUACGGAUGUAAACACUAGUCAAAUAAGUAAUAUUAUUUGUAAAAUGUCGUCGCCGAAUGUAAUGAAAUACUGGUUGUUAUUGGAAUCGCUUAUAUUUCCGGGUGAUGCCAAAAAUUCCGAUUCAACAAUUUCGGAACAGGAGCGUAUUGCGAAAAACAAUGAAGUCUUGCAAAGAAGUAUGCAGUUAUCGCCAACAGAAGUGGCCAAGAUUUUGAUAGAGGAUCUUGAAGUAUCCCGUUUGAACAACAAGGAACAAUAUGUUGCCUGCAAUGUAGAUGAAAAAACAAUAUACUCCAUUUAUUUGCUUAUGACCAUACGAACUAUUUAUAAAAAUACCAAUUUCAACAGCGAUAAGGUUGAGGACUUGAUAUCGGAACAUCACAGAAGGCAAAUAAGCUACUGUAUUGAAGAUAUAGCCGAGAACGGACUAAAGCCGAACAUACAUUGCGCGUUCCGUGGAGAUAGAAAAUCCAUUUUUGGGGAAAGUAUUCGAAAAGAUCCAAACCUUUGCCUUGUAGAGCUACUCGUAGAGGGGAUAGCAUCAUUUAUGUGUAUUACGUCUUUGCCCAUAAUUCGAUCUUCGGACGAGAUUACACUCUGCUAUAUAGCUGCUUUAUACACAUUGAUUUUUGUGUCAGACCUAAAGGGCGAUGAAAUGAACGAGUCGAAUGUCGUGAGCACGAAGGCAAAACUAAAUAAGUUAUGGGGUAGUGUACCCAAAGUGACAUAUUUUCGCAACCUAAUGAUGCUAUAUGGAAUGGUCGAAAAUGAGAAAAAAUCGAUAGUACACCGGGAUUUGUUGUUGAAAUUGUGGUCUCCAGGAGGUUUUGUCGCCCUUCUGUUUGCCAUGCAAAAAUCCGAUAAGGAAGAACAAUCCGUCAAAGAUGUUGUUGUAAAAUUGGUUUCACAGCCUUCUUACCCCAAAAGAGCGCAGGCAUCAAUCGUGAAUCAAAUUCUAUGCUUUCUAAAAGCUAGUAUUGACAAUAAAGACGCAAUAUCCUACAUGGGAACAGGAUUAAUAUCGCUUAGGAAGCUAUGUGAGAAUAGUAUUUACAAUAGAAAAAUAGUUGAAGAUUGGUUGAUAAAACAAGUACAACCAUUGUUGGAUUUGCAAAAGGACUGCUUAACUGUUAUGGAGUGGAGUGAAUUCAGUUCAAUGGUGCACCUGUUUUUCCAGGCCUUUUGCACUUCCACUAUUGAAUGUUUGCCGAGUGAGUUUUUAGUUCCAUUCAUACCAUUGCUCAUUACGUUGUACCAGUAUAUAGACAAAUACAAAACCAAACCUUUUGUUGAUGUUGUUUGUAACCACCUAUCCCAUUUAAUAUUAAGAAUUCUUAACAACCGUACUACAGAGGAGCUCAAUAUAAUUAUUAUGAACAUGGCAAGUGACGAAUAUCCCAAACAAUGGCUAAAAGUAAAUUCGAGGGUGAGAAUUGAGGAGGACAUAUUAAAUUCCCAACAUUUGAAGAUAGUCCAAAGGGAGGAGAAGCAGGAGUGCGACUCAUUCAUCUCAUGCAGUCACAUGAAUAGCCUGGCCGAACUCCUUAAGAAAUCUUCUUUUAGCACACUUGCGUUGAAAGUGUUCAUUAUUUUAUUCAAAUUGUUCCCCACUGUUGGCAGUAUGAAAAAGUCUUUGGUAGAUGAGUCCAUGAACAAUAUGGAUUUGCUUAUAUGUGAUGAAGAUAUUCAAAGCAGAGUGAUUUGGGAAAUAUCUAACAAAUACAAUGGAAAAAUUCAAAUUAUUAAUGCUUUGCACAUACUAAUAGAGCACAAACCGCUUAAGAGCCUCUUAAUGGAAAACAUUAGUGAGCUUAUAAGUGUUAUUGAAGAAUUCUUGGUAGUUUGCACAGAAAUCGGCGACGAAAACAGUCACCAAUUGGACAAAAACGUUGUUGUCAUAUUGUUGACUUUAAUAAGGGAGAUUGUGGAAAACGGUCCUGUUCAAUCGGAAAACGUGAAGCGUAAUUUGUUAGGGCACUUAUUAAAACUGCAGGCCACAACUAGAGACAGAGACUUAAAUUUGCAUAUUGUUUAUCUUAAACAAAAAAUCGAAAACGGUUCUGGUGCAACGCCAGGGAUCAAAGUAAACGAAGAAAGGUUUGAAGAGGCCAGGACACUUCUAGAGUCAAAAGAACCAUAUAAACAAGUCGAAGGAAUUCAACUAUUUAUCACUUUAAUAAAGAGUAAAGAUGUAUUAACUAUAAGCAAUGUCCAUGUAAUAAUGGCAUUAGCACUUAAUGCGCUGAAAUCACCAGAGUCUUACACAUUCCUGAAUUGCGUCCGACUAUUUGCGUCAAUGGUUUACUUGGACGAGCACAUAAUAUUAGAAACAUUGACUGAAGAAUACCUAAAUGAAUCGGCCGGCAUGGAUGAUAGGCUAUUGAUUGGAGAGGCGCUACUAAAAGUUUGCUACGAAAUUGGGCCGCUUUGUUACAAAUACAAGAACAUACUCUUAAAUUGUUACAUGUUUGGGUGCCGAUCUCCGCUGGAUGAGUUCCGUUUUUCUUCAUUCUCGAAUUUGGCACAAAUGUGCAAAAUAUUAUCGUAUGACGUUCAUAAGUACUUCCAAGAGCUUCUCAAUUUGAUCAACUGUGAAUUGACUUCUGGAAAAUACGUUCCCGCUAAACGUGCGGCCGUUAUGGUGUUAAGUGAGCUCUUAUCAGGAAUGGAUAACUUGAUAGAUUUCCAAGAAAUGUUGUUACCCAUAUACAGACUAUUGAAGUUUCUAGCAUCCUCAGAGAGAACGGAUGAAAAAAUUCGCUUGCACGCAUCGGUUGGUCUAGAAACAUUGGCCAAGAAAACUAAAGAAUUUUUGUCACUAACCGCAAAUGAAAUGUCCUUGGAAAAGGAAAUACAAAUAAGAGGAAUUAAGAUGAAUUCAAAGCAUAAUUUUAAAAGUCAUAUUUUGUAUAUGGAAUAAAUUUUCUCCAAACCUACCAAGAUUUAUAUAAAUUAUUUUCAAGUCAAGAUAUAUUUAGUCUCAUUUAAAUAUAAAAAAAAAACUUUUUACAAACGAUGUAAUGAACACAUGUUAAAAUAAUAAUUAAAUCAAACUCUGAAUAAGGAUUCCGCAAAAUAUACAUCAAAACACUA